GCUCAGCAGGAGUGAGAGAAAGAAACACAAGCUGCUGAGAGACACAAGAACCCCGUGAUUUUUCACAUGCGACGGUGUCAUGCGCCAUGGUGCCGAGGUGCAUCGGGAGCUGUGUGCCCUUAUUCGUGCUCGGAGUGGUUUUUGACGUGGUCGGCUUGACUGUGCUGCUCGUCGGUGCUCUCGCCGAUCUGCGCCUGGACGGCCGCUUUUACGGCGACUUUCUCAUCUAUACGGGCUCCCUCGUGGUGUUCUUGAGCCUCGUAUGGUGGGUGCUCUGGUACACAGGGAACGCAACGAUCCCCUCGGACGAUCUGGAGAAAAACACGCUGGACAAUCUGGCGCUGUGGGCGCGCAGAUUCUCCACAAGGCAAACUGGGGCCAAAUCCACGGAGGGGGGGGAGAAGAACAAGUGCGUGGGUACCCAAGAGCUGAUGAAUGGGUCCGUGCCUGUGUAUAUUCACAUUCCCACUAGGACGGCGUGGCAGAUCUCGGGCAUGGAGACCUACGACAACGCAGCUUUCGAAAGAAGCAUUGACAUGACAGCACCAAGUGGGAAAACAAUGGACCUGGAUAUUCUGAGGAACGGACGAAUAGAGAGACUUCUCUGAUCAACAAAACUUUAUCUAAAACAUUCUGGGUUUUUACUGGUUACCUCUGAGCUUUUCUGAUGGAGAUUUACAGUCAUGUUCUGUAGGUUUCUCUCCUCCAGUAUCAGUUGUUUGGAUCCAUGCAGUCAGCCUUUUCUGUACCCUUCAGCACUACAUAGGAUUUGUUCCACAGGAGCAGCUUCUGUUUACUCAGCACUUUAAUAUUAAUGCAUCUCUGGACUUGAACUUGAGUUGUGCUGAAGUUUUUGAACUCUUUUUGGGGGGUUUUAAGUCCAUCAAAUCAUUGUCAAAAUCGUAAUUGUGUUAUUUGUUUUCUUGUAAAGUUCGAAACACACAGUCACAUAUUCCUCUGCUUAAUAUGGCAAACGUGAGGGACGUGACAUGGCAACUAAAGUUUAGGAUUAGCUUGUCAUGAUGUCUUUAAGGCAUAACAAUUACUACACUAUCUCCACGAUGUUUUGGUUGCCUUUAGAGAGCUUACACUCUGAGAAAACAAAAGGAUUUGUAACUGUACCAUUCCUUGUACCUGGGACGGAAAUUUCAAGCAUACUAUUUUAUCUGUAUUUCAUAUAUAUUUCAUCUAUUUUACAUAGAAAGGUGCAUAUAGUGUACCUUUUUAUGCUUUACUUAACUGGUUCAAUUAUGUACCUUUGGUAAAUAUAGGUGUAAGAUACACACAAAAGAUGUGUCCUUGAGUGUUCCACCCUGUUGACAGACAAAGCUACAGUUAGCACUAGUUGCUUCAAGUGAAGUAACCGGAAUGGAAAUUUCUGGCUAAGGGGGGAAAAUGGCAUUAGGAGUGGCUUGUGACAGUUUGAUUUUCUACCAGCCGACAUUUCUUUCGGAUCAAGUAAUAAGUUAACUUUUAAUGAGGAGUUAAUGAGAGGUGAAAUCGUUGUUUACACUGGCACUCUAGCUCAGUAUCAGCAAAAAACUUUGAUGUCCCAUUAACUGUAUUUUGUAGGUGGAGCUUUAUAGUCAUGUUCUAUAGGUUUCUCUCCUCCAGAUCAGUAUCAGAUGUAUGGAUUCAGGCAUUUGACCUUCCAUACCAGCAGUACAUGUGAGCCGUUCCAGAAGAGUGGCUUGUGUUUACUCAGCACUUUUAUAGUUGUGUGCACAUACUUCAGAAUGAUUUCUGGAUCUUAUUAUUGCAUCUCUGGACUUGAAUCUGAGUGUGCUGAUUUUUUAACUCAAGCUGUUUCUGGGCGUGUGUUGUUCAUUCGAGGUAUAUAAUUAACCAAUAGGUUAUGGCGUACUUUGUACUCAAAACAUUUGCAUUAGUUUCAAGUGUAAUAAAUGGAAUUCAAAUGCCUGACAAGAUAAAAAAAAAAUGGAGCUGCUUGCGACAGUUUCAUUUUCUACCUUUGUACAAUCUUUCAGAUUGUAGUAAUAAGUUAACUUUUAAUAAUAGUUAUGAGGUGAAAUCAGUACGACUCUGGUGUUCUGUUCUGUUUUACAGGUGUCUUUUGGAAGAUCGACACUGGUUUUCACAGAAAUCAACUGCUUUUAUUCAGGGAACGGUGUCUUAAUAUUGCACACUGAUGCACAGAUUCUUUUUGUAUGUUCUUUAAACAGAAUAUUAUUUUUAUGGCUGAUUGUAUGUGAAUAUCUGUCUAUUUGAAUAUAUCUUUA